UGUGUGUGUUGAUUUUUUCUCUCUAUCAUUGGUGGGUUUUGUUUCAAGGUGUUGAAUAUUUUGACCUCAAUAGAAAAGGAAACCGCAUAUGAUGCGGAUUGUUUCGACUCUGUGAUUAUCUGGCUGUGCAAAGUGGAGGGUGCUGCUCCUUUACAAUAUAUUUUGUUUUGAUAAAGAGAAAUGAUCAUUUCGGACUUUGGGCGCUGCUUUUAAACAGUCUAAAACAAAAACUUUAAAACCGAACAUUAAAUGCCAUUUGUUUGGUUGCUAGCUUUAGUCGAUUCUUGUUAACCUUUUCAAAUCUGAAGUAGUGUUGCUGGGUUAAUGUUAAACCACGGGCGAGAUCUACAGGGUAUGGAAGUGAUGUGCAGUGAUCGAGACUGAAAGCCUCGGAAAUCUUCCACAAAUGGGUUUGGGGGGAAAGUAAAGUUAGCGUGUCGCCAGGGACCCUUGCUAGGUGUCUGUGUAUGACGCCUGGCGGAAGUUUCGAAUAUAAUUUCUACAUUUUUCGAGUCGUAUCUUUCGAUUCUGCAGUGUGGCUCGCUAUGUUCCCUGACUGUUUUUGUGUUUUCCGGACUCACUCGGUACAUUGGUGCAGGUUCACUUUGCGGAAAUACAGAAGUGUUGAAAGAGGAAUUUUCGCCGAAUCUUAACUCUGAGGCGAUUUAUGUGUUACAUGAUUAUCAGCAAGCUUGAGUUUACUCGAUAAUAGCAGCUGAACCUUCGCCGUUCCCUGUGGAAAGGCUUCCCUUUCAACUUCCUCUGUGACUUCUUAACGCCUCGGUACUGUCCCAGCAAGCGGAGCCAGUCUCCUCGCCCUUUGAGUGACCGUUCCCCAGAUACUGGGGUUAAUGUUAUUGUUAACUCGUGACUAUUAGGGAGACUGAUUGGGGCUGGCCAGUCGCAUUUUCUUCCGCGUCCAUCAGACUCUCCCGAUUGAAACCGCUUGAUGGGGGAACCGAGCGUCAGUUUUAGCCUAUUCCCGACAAUGCCAGAGAGAUCAAUGAAACGGCGAUGGUCUAUACUUGGCCAUAAGCAACAUGCAAUAACAUCUCAUUCUAAACUGUAAUGCAUAUCCAGGGCUGUUCCCAGAGAUUACUGAAUGGCUGGUCUGGGGAGAGACUCACUUGGACUGUAUUGUUUUGAGAUCGAAUCCCCUGCCAUCCAUCCAUUCAAGUGGACACAAAGCAAACGGGGGGCACCGUCAACUUUAUUGAAAUUCUAUCCUGAAGAUUCUCCUGUCAUUGGGAAAGGACACGGUGCAAUGGAAGUGCUUUGCCCUCUUUCUAACGGUAGUUGUGGAUGCUCUAAAAUGUACCUUUCUAACAAAUGCCCUGUGAGGGAGGUGUGUUCCUGCCAAUCAGCCUUCCCCCCCAACCCACUCGCCGCCGCUCAUCCAAUGGCAAGGCGUUCUCUGACUCUUGUGUAGCAGAGGCACUUGGAUUGCACCUGAUGUAAACACGCCAUCGCCCGACCCCCUCAGUCUGUUCCCCCCACACACCCCAGCAAAGCCGACAUCUCCGCGUCAGCACACGCCCUUGUCUGCUCUGGAGUCCCUCAUAGCCAGCACGGCCGCUGUCUGACUUCAGAAAGCCUGUAUUUCAUUCGGGAUGCGGACUCACAGUGGAUCGCUCGCCCUGACUCCAGCUCAGCUCAAGACAGACGCGCAGCAGCGAGACACUGGAGAGUGAGUGUCGGUGCCAGAGAAAUCUCAGCAUACUCCGAAGAGUCCAUGUGGAGUUUACUCCGUACCCCCUCCGCUGGUUUAAUAAAUCCAGACUGAAGUCUUCCAUGAUGGCCACUUUAUUUCUGGGCCUGUUCCUGUUCCUGCUGCACCCGGUGGCGGUGCCUUCCCGGCCGGCGUUUGACCUGAGCCGGGUGCUGCCGCCUCCCGCCCUGCGGUACCUGCUGCAGGACAGCGCGGGCAGCGGGGAGCUCUUCCGGGAGGCGGUCUUCCCGAACGGGACCAUUCAGCGGCUGCCUCAGACCAUCAUCAUCGGAGUGAGGAAGGGGGGGACGCGGGCCCUGCUGGAGAUGCUGAACCUUCACCCGGAGGUCAGAGCUGCCGAGACUGAGAUCCACUUCUUCGACUGGGAAGGGAACUACGAGAAGGGGCUGCGGUGGUACAGCCGCCAAAUGCCCAUCUCGUACCCCCACCAGACCACGGUGGAAAAGACACCCGCCUACUUCACCUCGCACAAAGUGCCUGAAAGGAUCUACAAAAUGAACCAAACUAUUCGCCUCCUCCUCAUACUGCGGGACCCAACCGAGAGAGUGAUAUCGGACUACACUCAGGUAUUGUUCAACAGGAUGCAAAAACACAAGCCCUUCCAGUCAGUGGAGGAGCUGCUGGUCCGAGGGGGGCGCAUCAACGUCGACUACAAGGCGAUCAACCGCAGCCUGUACUACAUCCAUAUGCAAAACUGGCUGAGGUACUUCCCGCUCAGCCAGAUCCACAUUGUGGACGGCGACCAGUUGAUCAGGGACCCCUUCCCGGAAAUGGAGAAAGUGGAGAAAUUCUUGAGACUCUCGCCGCGGAUUAACAGGUCCAAUUUUUACUUCAACAAAACCAAGGGAUUUUACUGCCUCCGGGAUGGCGGCAGGGAGAGGUGCUUGCACGAGUCUAAAGGGAGAACGCACCCGCCAGUGGACUCCGCUGUGCUCAGCAAGUUACACGGUUUCUUCAGUGAACCCAACCGCAAAUUCUUCGACUUGGUUGGCAGAACAUUCGACUGGCAUUAAAUUAAUGUCUCUCUUUUCUAAAAUCCCAUUAUAUACAAUGUACAAAGUUAUACUGAAAUAGUAAUUUAAGUGGAUUUCCUUAGGGCGAGUAACUGUACAAUAUGACAAGUAGACCAAUCUUUAUUCAGAGCUAGUUAUAUUUUUCUACAUUGUCGCAAGAAUGCUGUAAAGCCCAGCUUCCCGAUGUUAGUCCUGUUUGUUUCAUUAGUUAUGUCAUGGAACUGCUACAGAGACAAGGUUGUGUGUAAUGAAUGGGCGUGGGGGUUGGGGUGGGUGGGGAUGGAGACGGUGAAAUCAGUCUGAUUUGGUAUGUGUUUCGCGGGAAAGAAAAAGUCCGGGACCAUGUCGUUUGAUGUUGGAAUUCAAUAUAUGUAUAAUUCUUUUUUAUAGUUUUGGAAGAAAAUAUUCUCUCCCCUCCCCCCCAACCCAAACAAGUGCAAUAUUUUGCUGGAAUCAUGUCAUUCACAAGAUAUUGUACAAACGCUGCUAUUAUUAGUGGCAUCAAACACUUCCUACAAGUGAAACAACUACAGGCUCUGCACCGCUGGCAAGCGUUUGAUGGGGACACCAUCUGACCGAGAGCGCCAUUUAUAUAUUUACUACUAAUUCCCACAGUACUUCAGUUUUAUGUUAGGUUUAUUUAUUCACGCGGGAGGGCAGUAAAGAUGAACUUUUUUUAUUUGUAUUUAGUAUCCAUGCAUUCUUGAUAUGGAUACUGUCAUUUCUUUUUGUAAACUACGAAUUUUCGGAUAAUAUUGUACAAACUAGACCGUAUGCUAUGAAAUAAAGAAACAGUGUUUGUAA